AUGAACGACGAAUCGAGAUACGUUGUCAAGUACCGAAGAGGACCGCUGCUGUUAUUAUUACUAUGGAGCACAUCAUCGGAGGCAUUAUUUUUCAACUAUCCAAAGAAUGUGCUCAUGAACUUCUUCAGUUCCCUCCGAGAGAAGAAGGAGAUGAAAAAACCGCCACCAAUACCCGACAUCCAUCACUACCAUCUGCAUUAUUAUCCAAUUCACGUGCAGAGUAUUCAUACAUCAAUGAAAUCCCUGAAAGCCCCCGACAAACACGAGCUGGAGACCAUCCACACAAAUAAAUUGGAGAAUUAUGGAUGGAGCCAGCAGGAGUACAGGUACAUGAGUGAUCCAGUUAUUCAUCAUGUACCGAGUUUUCUGGGGCCAUGGUCCAUGUUAGAGUCACAUAUUCAACAUCCUCCCGAGGUUACUGUGGAGGAGGCGAAUGAGGGGGAGAUAAAGUUUCACGUAGACCGUUAUGGAGAGGAGGCAGUUGGCAAGUCUGCUGGUAUUCUAGUGCAAGUGCCCCUGCAUCAACAGAUCAUCAUCCAACAGCCAGUGAAAACAGAAAAACCCAAGGAGACACAUCCUCUCGUUGCAUUUCUGGAGAAAUUGCGAAACUUCAAAAAUUCAAUUUUCCAUGCUUCUUCUGACAAAAUCGAGGAGAAGUCAGACGAUUUCUCCGACAAAGUUAAUGCAUUCGUAGUUUUUAGGCGCCCCAAGUCGAAAAUAUUCCGAUAA